UGUAGUGGUUCCUGGUGAUCCUGUAGUGGCUCAUGUGGGAUCCUCAGUGAUUCUGCCCUGCUGGAUCUCUCCUCCUGAGAACGCUGAAGCUCUGGAGAGCCGCUGGUACCGUCAGGAUCAGUUCAGCAACCCCAUUCUCCUCUAUAAUCAUGGGAAGAUCCAGGACAUCCAGGAGGAAUCAUACAGGAACCGAACCUCUUUGUCCCUGCGGUCAUAUCAGUCUGGUGGACUAAAGGAUGGAGACGUCUCUCUACGGCUGGAGAAACUCACACUUCAGGAUGAAAAUUCAUUUCACUGUUAUGUGAGUGGAGAAAGUUCAUAUAGCAGAGAAGAGGUGGUUCUCAAAAUCACAGCUUUAGGAUCCACUCUUGUCCUUGUUCCAUAGCCUCUUGAUGAUGGACGUGUGAACAUCAGCUGCAGGUCCAGCGGUUGGUAUCCAGAGCCCAGCGUCACGUGGACAUCAGAUGAUGGAAGGGUUCUCCGUCCUGGAGGAAUGUCUCACAGUCGUGGAGCAGACGAGAUGUUCUCUGUCCACAGCUGGACAGCCAUCUCUCUCUCAGACACUCAACUGGUCUCAUGUUCAAUGUCCAUCAGAACUGGAGAGUUACAAGAAAGUAGGAUUGAUGUACAGGCCAUUGUCUCUUCAGAUUGUGAGGAGGGAACUAUGGAGAAACUGGAAAACAAAGAUUUCCAAUUUGGUAUCAGAUUUUUGGACCUCACUGUUUAAUUUACAAACUAUUACAAACACCAUUUUUUAUAGACGUCUACUAGAACGCAAUGUGAAUCAAAUCGUUGAGGAAGAUAUGACUAUAAAAGAAUUGAGGCAACAUGCAGUUGAGAUCAGUAUUGACCGUGAGCGUUUACAUCCAGAUCUGAAGGUUUGUAAGGACUGUAAAACCAUGAGGGACGGUCCAGAAUAUAAUCACACUGGAGAGGGAUUUCCAUAUGAAUUAUGUGCAUUUGGAGCCCAAAGAUUCACUUCUGGUCGUCACUAUUGGGAGGUGGAUCUGACACGAGACAAUACACCUCCCAAACACUACUGGUUAAUUGGUGUGGUGAAAGAAGGAAGUUCUGCUUCAAAACACAGAUCUGCUGUAACUGCAUCAGCUGGUUUCUGGUUCUUGUGUUCAGACGGUCCUCAUGGCUUUUACAGCAACACUGACCAAUCAAUUAUACUCUCACUGACCCCGAGACCUGAGCGACUGGGAGUUCUGUUAGAUUAUGAUGACGGUCAGCUGUCAUUUUACAACGUCACAGAGAGAAAACAUCUCCUGACCAUCAGCAGCAGAUUCUCUGGAUCAGUCGUUCCUCUGUUCAAUCCUGGUGUGGGUGAUGAGAGUCCACUUACAAUCCUGGAUUGUCCAGAACCUGUAGAAUCAGCUGCAGAGUCCAUUCAGCCUUUCCUGAGUAACAACAGCUCAGACGCCUGACUGACCAACACAGUUUAACCAGAAGGAAUCAUUUCAACGCUCUGCAUGAGCAAAGCAUCGUUACACAAAAGAGUUUUUUUAGAGAGGAAACACAACCAUGAUGACUGAAAGAGAAUAGAAACGCCAUAAAACGCAGAGACAAAUGGCUGUAAAUAUGUAUGGGGAAUGUCUUAGUUCUUAGUCUUAGUAAAAUUACACUAAUAGAAUAGAGGUCUGUUAAAUUUAACAAAUUCUACUGAAUGAGGAAAAUACUGAGUGGCACUGAUUCUUCAUUUGCUCUGUUCCGGCCUUCAUCUGAUCAUCUGAGAUCUCAAACACUUUAGUUUCUACUCUAACCUGUGUACUAAUCGAUCAUUAA